AUGUCAUGCCUUCAAGUGUCGAGGCCCAACCCCAAUCUUCCCUAUCCAUUCUCACAACCACCACCACCGAACGCCACUCCAAAUCACGAUUAUUUAUCCACUCAGAUGGCCUAUCCACCUUCACCGUUGCUAUUUACAUCCAACCCUCAACCUAACCCGUCUACCCAACCUCCAUCCCCUAACACCCCAAACUCCAACCCUAGCCAUGAUACUGCGAUCUUUCUUAGAUCGGGGACUUUAUACUCCACUCAUAUUUUGGUCCCUAAUAGUGAUUAUGGGGAAGUUUCUUCAACGGAUAAUGAUUUUCAAGUGAGCAUUGAUCAUAGGGGUGACCUUGAGAAGGGAGAAGAAGAGGAAGCUUUUGAAGGGGGGAGUGAGAAGAAGGAUGAGGAAGUUGAGGAGAAGAAGAAUGAUGUUGUAGAGGAAGUAGAAAGAGAGAGGAAAAAGAAGAAUGAAGAAGAGAGACGGAGGAAGAUACAGGAAAGAAGGAAACUUGAGCGUCAACAUGCUUCGCCGCUCCCUUUUCUAUGCAAAGCAAUGGAGAAUAUAUUGCAAGAAAAGUUUCUUAAGUUCUUAGAGCAUAUGAGGAAGCUAGAAAUGAAAAUACAGUUCUUGAAGGCUAUGGAGCAAAUGCCUCAAUAUGGAAAGUAUUUGAAGAUUCUCUUGGGGAACAAUAAGAGGCUUGAGAGCAAAGUAGUUAAUUUUCCGGAGCAAGUGAGUGCCUUCAUCCAAGGUACGUGGGCUAAAAAAGAGAAGGCUAGAGAGCCUUUUGUGCUUCUAGUGACUCUUGGGAAGAUGGAGGCUAAGGGAUUACUAGCUAACCUUGGGGCUUCAAUAAGCCUCAUACUGAUAAAUAUCGCCAAGCAACUUCCCUUUGAGCUCAAGCCAUCCAAAAAAACCAUCCAACUUCCCAAUCGUAGCAUAAAGAUGCCAUGUGUGAAGUUCGAGGAUGUACCUAUCCAAGUGGAAAACAUUGUAGUCCUAUGA